AUUCGGUCUCGAUCGUUGCUACAAGGACGAUCGCCUCUUAUUACUUAUCGCAAAGUCCUGGAAUGGUAAGGAAGCAUAAUCGAUUUGGAAAAUUUUAAUUUACAAGCAUUGCUCUUUCUUAAGCAAGCUGGAUCAAAGACAACUUGACCAGCAUUUAAAAAAACCGUGCAAGAAAAAGAAACUACAGACGAUUGAAGGAACAAUGCAGGCUCACAGUUCUUCAAAACAUACCAAAGAAUGCAUUGACUUGGAAGUUAGCUCUCUAUCCGAAGAGCAGUCACAACACGAAGAAGAGAAGCAACAAAUUAGCCAUCUAUCCAAACCAAAAGUCACCAUCACCUAUAGCGAGAUGAAGCCUCUGAAGCGGCCGACUUCAGACAAAUCAUCGGAUGCGCCACCCUCUAACAAAGCCUUAAACCACGACUCCCUGACGCGUCUCGUCAGCCGCUGGACCCACCUCUGGAGCCGUCUGUGUCUUCUGGGAGUGCUCCAGUGCCCCUCGUCCGGCUGGGGUCGCCUCCCGUGGUUCCUGCUCCGUGCUGUCCUGGCAGUAACCCUACUCGCCCAAGCUGUCACCUCCGUGCGCACGCUGGUCGCCCUUCCCCACGGCGCUGCUUUCUUUGUCAGUUUACAGGCGUGUGAGCACUUCAGUCUUCUGUCUCUUCUUCUACCAGCACUAUCCUUUCGAGCGAACGCCUUUCGAAGAGCCUUGACCCUGAUGUCGCGCCUUCAGAUGCUGGAGGUGUUUAGUGACCUCAAACCGACCGCUGCAAAACGCAGGAUGGUGUUUGUGAUGUUUGUAGCGGGCCUGGUGUUUGUUGGUUUGCAGGGACUUCAUGUGGUUGGAGGUCUGAUUACAGUGGAGUUUCGACAGAGACAGACACUGCCGGCGAAGAAGUUUUCCCUCUUCCCGAUAAUGAUAACUUCAGACAGCCUUCUGAUCCACUACGCCUUGGUGGUGCUGCAGUUUGUUCACGUCUUCAGCGUCUACGCAGCCAACGUUCUGAGCGUCACCACGCUCCACCUCAUCAACAUCUUCCUCUACUACCACCUGGACCACCUCGCCACCACCGUCCGAGCGCUGCUGGAGAGAAGCGGUACCCUCGCCAACAGAACUGUCGGGGCUUCCCUCGGGGGCUCUGGAGAAAACUGGAGUGCGCAGCUCGACGGGGAAACACCCAACACCGGGCGGUGGACCGAGAUUCUGGAGGCGCACUCACUUCUGUGGCGGUAA